AUGGGUCACUCGCACGGUUUGAGAGCCGGUACUCGGUAUGCCUUCAGCCGUAACUUCAAGGAGAACGGCCAGAUCCGCCUGUCGACCUACCUGAAGACCUACCGGGUUGGCGACAUUGUCGAUAUCAAGGUCAACGGUGCCGUUCAGAAGGGUAUGCCCUACAAGGUCUACAACGGUAAGACCGGUGUCGUCUACAACGUGACCAAGUCCUCCGUCGGUGUCCUCCUCUACAAGGUCGUCCGCAACCGCUACCUCGAGAAGCGCAUCAACGUCCGCAUCGAGCACGUCAAGCACUCCCGCUCCCGCGAGGACUUCAUCAAGCGUGUCAAGGAGAACGCCCAGAAGAAGCGCCAGGCCAAGGAGCAGGGUGUCCACCUCCACUUGAAGCGUCAGCCCGCCAUGCCCCGUGAGGCUCACCUCGUCGAGGGUACCGCUGCCGAGACCAUCACCCCCAUCCCCUACGACACCCACAUCUAA